UUUAUUUUCCAUAUUAAAUUACAAAAAAGUUCCCCAAUUUUCUCCUUCAUUGAAAAUUUUAGGGACAAUCAAAACUUGUGCUCUCCACACGUUUCUCUCUGCUUUGUUUCUCCAUCUUCCCCAAAUCCCAUUUUUUCUGCCAAAGCCACAAGAGGUUUUAUGGAUUUCUUUCUUAACAAAAUGAAGGAGACGGCAUCUGAAUGCCCCUAUGAUGAACAAGAUAUCCAGCAAUGUCCAUUCUUGAGGAACAUUAGCAAACCCACAAACUUGUCAUUCGCACCUGUGAAUCUUCCAGUUCCAGCUGCUGGAUCCAAGGGUCCAAUUUUUGAAGAUGGUCCAAACUUCGAUUUGGCUUUCAACCUUUUCCAUGGGAAGGAUGGGGUUGUUCCACUCACAAGGAGGCCAAAUUCUCAUGCUGAUGAUCAUUUGGAACCCCAUUCUUCUCCGAUGUUUAACCCGUUGGCUACAAAGGCAGCCACGAUUAGUUUGUCAGCAUUUGGACUUGGGGGCCCAUUUGGCUUCAAUUUCUUUUCUGACAAGUGGAAGAAACAGAAGCAGAAAUCUGAGUCUUCAGGAAAAAAGGAUCGUGUUUCUCAUGAAGGAAAUCCAGCAGAACAUGAGGCCCUCAGCAAUGAGUGGUUACAAAGCGGGAACUGCCCAAUCGCAAAGUCUUACCGGGCUGUAGGUCACGUGCUUCCCCUAGUUGCCAAGGCUCUGCAACCACCAUCAGGUAUGAAGCUCCAUUGUCCACCUGCUAUAGUGGCUGCCAGGGCUGCUCUUGCUCGAACUGCCUUUGUGAAAAACCUCCGCCCGCAACCUCUACCAGCAAAGAUGCUCUGCAUUGCUGCAUUGGGCAUGGCAGCUAAUGUACCUCUUGGGAUUUGGAGAGAACACACCCAGAAGUUUUCAUUGUCAUGGUUCAUUGCAGUUCAUGCUGCUGUACCCUUUGUAGCUAUGCUUAGAAAGGCUGUCUUGAUGCCCAAGACUGCAAUGGCCUUAACAAUUGGUGCGUCAAUUCUAGGCCAGGUAAUUGGCUCAAGAGCAGAGAGAAUUCGGAUGAACGCAGUGACUGAAAAUCAAAUUAUAACUUCAGAGAAAGCUGCUUAUCAAGAAUUUCCAGGCUGUAGUACAGGCCGUGUUGAUGACAGCAUCACUAAUUCUUGUGGGAAUCAGCAGGUGAUGUUUGGUACACUUUCCAGCAAGCACAAUAAUGCAGGCUCAUCUGGAACUAAUGUAUGUUUCUAAGAAUGAGUAAGAUGAAAUAAGACAUUAUGAACUAAUUGAGUUAGUAAACCAAUAAAGCUUGCUAUGUAGAUUAUACUAGUUUGUAAUUUGCUUAAGUUUGUGUUAAGUGAUCUUCAUUGACACUAUUUCGGUCUGUCUAUAUUGAACUAAAAUACAAAACCAAACAGGCAAAUACGUAGUACAAUGUUCUCAACUUUAAAGAGUUCUGUUAAUUUUGUGCAACGAACAAUUGCCUUGAACUCUUGAAAGGGGACUCCCCUAGCUUUGUACAUCUUUCCGUUACCAAAAAAAAAAAUCAAUUUUGCUACAA